GCUCACAUCAUGCUUAACCUUUGACCUUCUUAACUGACCAAUCAGCACCGAGAUCCAUGCGUUUUUGCCAACAUGGCGGAAGUGGGCUGUUUUUGUACGGAUUCUGAGGAGACUGUCUAGUUGAAGACUACCAUGAAGAUGUUCUCGUGACUCUGACUCAUCAUUAACGUUAAUUCGAACAUUUACGAUCAAAUAUUCGUUUCACAAGCGAAACAUUUCCCCCAUGGAUAUGACACAGUGGAGUGGAAGCACGCAUGACUGAAUAUGUACUAAAGCUCCACCCACCAAUUCUCUACAACUCUUUAUAUUUUGUACCACCAACCAAUUCAAAAUAGAUAGAGGAUGUUUAUCACUAUAUCUUGAAAAACAAUCACAAUUCUAAGUACCUUUUUGAAGUACUAGAUAAUUAUAGUCAGACUCUGCGUGAAAAAACAACAACAUGGAUAACGUUGACCUUCCGCUGACCUUGUCGGAGGUGACGAUAGUGGACCUGGUGUCGUGGAUCGCGUCAGGAGCGAUGAUCUUCGGUGGAAUCGUGCCGUACAUUCCACAGUACAGACAAAUCAAAAAGACGGAGAACGCAGAGGGAUUCUCUACAUAUGUCUGUCUGGCCUUACUUGUGGCCAACACACUCAGGAUAUUGUUUUGGUUUGGAGUCCAUUUUGAGCUCCCCCUCCUGGCCCAGAGUAUCAUAAUGAACUUCACCAUGAUGGUGAUGCUACACUUGUGCACCAGAGUCACACAGCUGAACGAGAUGUCUACCAAAAGAAGGGCCUUCCUCGGCAAUGCCACUGAGUCUUUGUCGGAAGGUUUGCCCUUGGAAAAAGCCAUCAGAGAGGAAAAUAAGGAACUCCUUGUAUUUGCUGAGGGGACAGAAAUUAGAAAAAGGCAUUAUGGUGCCGAGCCACAGCAGGGAAAACAUCAUCAGAAAGAUGCCAGCAGUCAAACAGAGCCUGAAACUGUUCACAGGUUUCUGGACUUUGACCACAGGUACUUCUGGAAGUGGACCAAGUUCAGAGACUAUAUCCAGUUUAUGUGCGUCUUCACGCUGAUCGGGGGCUACAUCACAUACAUGUGCCUGGACUACCCGGUGUACGUGGAGACUCUGGGGUUCCUGGCAGUGUUUGUGGAGGCACUGUUGGGCGCACCACAGUUCUGGAGAAACUACCAGAACAAGUGCACAGUGGGAAUGAGUGUGAAGAUGGUAGGUUUCUGGACCAGUGGUGACACCUUUAAGACGGGGUACUUCCUCGUCAACAAGGCCCCUAUGCAGUUCUGGAUAUGUGGACUCUUACAAGUUGGAAUAGACAUCGCAAUUCUACUACAAGUCUGGAUAUACAGGAAAAACAUGCACCCAAUAGCAAAACCUGCCAAGCCUAUCUAGUGCUAUUUCUGUGUACGCAGUAAUAAAGGUCCAUCAGGUGGUCAAUGUUAGAUUUGUACGUAUGAUUAUUUAUGACUACAUCUGACCUAUGUUAAAAGAUGCCCCAAACUGUUACUCUACAGCAUUAUUGAAAGUUACCAUGGCAUAUGAAUACAUCACGUAGAUAACUGGUUUUUGAGAUUUUUUGGUGAUUUUAGUUAUAUUUUCAUCUUUACAAAUACUGUAAAUGCAGAAACUUUUGCGGUGGUUUAAUCUUAACAAAUACUGUAAAUGCAGAAACUUUCGCAAUGGUUUAAUGUUCAAGGUUUUCGCGGUGGCCGCUUCAUUGGGAACAUUUUCCCAUGGCAGUAACAGACUACAGUGCAUGGUGCUACUGCAAACUUUAAACCACCACGAACAGUCCUUUUUCCCACUACACCGAAAUAAAAUCCCUGCGAACUUAAAUGUAUUUAUAGUAGUCCUGCGUUUCACACAGCAGUGAAUCUUUGUUUUAAGUUGACUUCUAGGACAAAUGUUUUGAUGUCUCAGGGUUAGAUUUAGCUUUAGAGUUCUUAUCACACUGUUAUAUCCAACAGGAUAUACAGAACAUGGGUUCUUUACCUUGGUGAAUCAUAGGUAAAUAUUUAUGUUAUUAUAUUAUUUCAAUAUGUAAUUGAUAUACAUAUUGCCCUGAAUAAAAUAACAAGGUUUCAAUGCA